CCCCCGCAGUGCUGCCAUGGCUCAUGGUCCUUUCGCUCGUGACUAAGUAGCGCAUACUAUUUCUAAUGUCUGCAUUCUGAGCCGUCCUCUUGCUCCUUGUUACCCUCCCAAGGCUCUUCCUCUCGACAGGCGGCCGUCAUGCUGUCGACGCUCCUAAGGCCUCGCAAGAGGCGCGCCGACAAGUCGCCCUUUUCGAGCCCCUUUAACAGUUCGCCUCUAGCCGUACGAAACGACUAUGACCGGAUUGACGACAAUGAGGACGCGGAUGAUUAUGACGAGGAUGACGGCGGCGAAGACGACUUGGACACACCGCUGCUGCCCAUCUUCUCGGCGGCGCAUUUGGACAAGCUGCCCCUGUACAACAUAACCCACUCGUGUCGCAUACUGAUAGUGCAGAAGUGCGAGACGACUCUUACAUGGGACCAACUACGAUCGCCACAAGUGUCUCAAUUCCUGGUCAAACCCAUCCAGUCGCAAAUCCUCAAGGACCACUUCAACCGAGCGACGAUAUGCGCUCUCAUUGCGAACUGCUUGCAGUUCCAGAAAGAGGCACAGCAAGAUGCGGGAAACGCUGGUGUGAGCAAGACCAGGGCUAUGGUGUCGGAGCUGCUGGCCAUCCGCUUGUUAAAGGAGUUUUCCCUUCGCGAGUUGAUCGAUGCGCUGAGCUACGACUUCAACCCUCUUGAAGGACUGGACGCUACUGAAGGAGUCGUCCAGCUGAGACAGAACAACAGGAAUGCGCGUAUCUCGACUGUAGAGAUUGCCAUUCGGGCUCAGGCCAAGCGUUUCCUCGCCCAUCCACUGGUUGUACAGCAGCUUGAAGCCAUUUGGGCAGGCAGCAUCGUCUUCCACUCGGCCGCCGACAAUCUUCACCGCAAGCCGCCUACGCCUCCGCCAACCAGGGGCCGUAAUGGUUAUGGUACAAUUGCCAACAACCCUGCCCCUCAACCCGCCCCCGUCAACAACUCACAACCUAACAUCAGACGAAGCGUCACUCUCUAUAACCCCAAAGAUGCUUCUCUCUUCAAGCUAUCUCGCUUGAGAGUACCUCGCUACAGACAGCUCUUUUCUACCCUUUCUUUCGCCGUCAUGCUGGGUUUGUUCUUGGCUGUCCUGGUCGACCGCUCUACUGAGAUUACUCCACUUGAGAUUAUCUUCUGGUUUUGGAGUGCUGGAUACAUGCUUGACGAGCUUGUAGGUUUCUCAGAGCAAGGCUUUGGUCUCUACAUCAUGAGUGUGUGGAACGCCUUUGACCUGGGUAUCUUGAUCUGCUUCUUCGCCUACUAUGUACUGCGCCUUUACGGUAUUCUGAUACCUGCUGCACGCAAGCAUUAUACUGCGCAUUUGGCUUACGAUGUUCUGGCAUCUACUGCCGUGCUUCUCUUCCCGCGUGCAUUCAACGUCCUGGAUCAUUACAAGUACUUUUCUCAGUUACUCAUUGCCUUCCGCCUUAUGGUUCAAGACAUGAUUGCCAUUCUAGUACUCAUCGUUAUUGCCUGUAGUGGUUUCUUCGUUGCCUUUACCUUGUCUUUCAGCGAGGAGAAGGCUGAGGCCUCCAAGGUCGCUUAUGCUCUGUUCCAAUUAACCAUGGGUUUUACCCCUGCCGCUUGGGAUCUAUGGCCUAAGUACAAUCUACUAGGAAAAGCCGUUUUGGUUGGCUUCCUGUUCCUCUGUCACUUCCUCAUCGUUACCAUCCUCAUCACAGUUUUGACCAACUCUUUCAUGGCGAUUGUUCAAAACGCGAAUGAGGAGCAUCAGUUCUUGUUUGCUGUCAAUACUAUCUCCAUGGUCAAGUCGGAUGCUCUCUUCUCGUACAUUCCACCUACGAAUCUGUUCGGCUGGGUUGCAUCACCAUUGCGCUACCUCAUCCCCUUCCGCAAAUUCGUGAGAUUCAACCGGACCAUCAUCAAGAUUACACAUCUUCCGAUGCUCUUCACCAUCUUCACGUAUGAGCGUUUGUUCCUGAUGCGCAAUGCGUACACGCCUAUGGACCUGGUCGAGCAGAAAGCUCCUAGCAGGGGUCGCCUUCCGGCUUUCACCAUGAAAAACGCUGGUCCCUUCAGUCCCGGUACUCGCCUCCGCGAACCAUCCAUUGUCUCGUUCCACAAGGAUCGCGCUCUAGAAGAGGUUUUCCGCCGACCUUUCGACAUGACAACACGGACUAUUUCUCAGCACUCUAAUCCUGACCAACGGAAAGCGACUGUCGUUGACAACUGGAUGCAGGAUAUGGGUGACGAGGGGGGUGCUAGCCCUCCUAUGGAACAGCCACGCUCUGUUUUGGAGAGAUUGGAGAAUCGUAGGCCCGGCAUGAGACGUGCGCAGACAUCUGCCAACAGGUUCGCUACGGUCAAGCGCGACUUCUCCACAGCUUCCAGGUCUGUUGUAUCUGAUCCUGAGGAUCUUGCUUCUACGAUCUUCCCCAGGCCAACACCAAUGCGUAUUGAGGAAGAGACGGAUCUGGACCUGGAGCGUGAGGACAUGCCCCAGGAAACUGACGCAGAUGGCGAUGAUGAACUUCUGACCAACGAUGGCGACAACGUUACGGCCACUGGCUACGAUAGGACGCCGACAGGAACACCGGAUCUGGUUGAAAGGAAAGAGCCCUCCCCCGCCAAGCCUACAGCAAAGGACUACUUUGAGGGAGCAGACUUCCAGACAGCAAGUUCGGUGCCCAAUGCUACAAGAGCACGCCUUAUGAGCGGAGAGCACAAACGUGAGCCUCACCAACGUACCGUAUCGCACAGUACCAUGGUUUUUUCGCCUAUCUUGGAGCAGGGAUACAACUCUUCGGCCUCAGAGCAUGGCCCGAAACCAUCUCGACCCACCACAGCAAAACAAAACAGCGGUGGCUCGACGCCAUUGCCUCAGUCAGCGCCCCAAUCGAGUGGUCGUAGGACGCCACGCUCGAGUAACCCUAGCCGCCCUCGUCCUAACAUGCCCAACCGGCUUUCGCAAUACACGGCUCCAAACAUUCGCUUCGACCGAUUCGGUGACUCGACACGUCGCGCAAACAGACAGCCAUCUUUCAACGCUCUUGCCCUUGACUUGGCAUCCGACUUUGGCGACCACCGUCGUGAUUUGACUCCAGAGCCCCUGUCCCCAGGCUACCAACCUAGCAUUCCGGCCAGCUUUAGCGAACAAAUGCUUCGCGAACGCGAGGUGGCUUUGGACAAGGAACGACGUCGCCAGGAGCAGCGGCGUCGUAGUCAAGAGGAGGAAAAGGGCAUGGUGGGCAGAAUCAUGCUGACCCGCAUGAACACGCUCGAGGAGGGCUUCAGAGAGAUUCUGCGCGAGGUACGCGAUCUCGCACAUACCUCGCGUGGAACCAGUGAAGCGGGCAUGCUCAACUCUAGAUCAUCCUUGGUGGUUCCGGCGUCAUCGGACGCUGGCGCGCUUUCCAGGCCUAAGACGCCUGUCAGCAGAAUGGGAGGUUCGAGCGAGAGAGCUAGGAGCCCUAAGAAGGGCAAAGGGAAGAACAAGAGCAAGGGCAGAAACUCCAUCAACAGCAGUAGCGAGGCUGAUCCUAUCAGUCCUUUGACUGUUCAGGAGAGCGCUUCUCAGGCUGUGAGCCCAUCGACGGUCAACUUGCCUGAAACACCUGCCACAGUCAGAGCGUUGUCGACGCAUGCCGAAGAGGGGGCACAAAACAGUCAAACUGAUACUGAGAAAGAGUAGACAAAAAGAGCUCUCCUUUCUAGAUAUACAUCCUAUUUGGUCUAGAGGAGAAGAAUCGGUUGGAAAGAUAAGAAAGGAAGGUAGAGGAAGAAUUUGUUGAUGCUAGAUGGUCGCAUACUGGUUACAUGUUUGCAUACAAAUAUCUUAAUGAAUCAUGGCGAAAGGCAUAUUGCAUAUUGUAUAUUCGAUUGUUCCUGCCGCGGCG